AUGAGAGAGCACUUUGAGGUCAGAGAGGCAGAGCUUGGCUCACGUAGCCAUUCCCACUCCACCUCAACUUUUCAUGAGCCAUUUGUUCAGUAGCUGGAAUAUAACAGACAUCAGGUUUCAGACAUCAUCUCUUUAUAUAAAGGACAGAAACUCCAGGUCCCUUCUUGACCAUUCUAAGAUGGCAGGACUUUUGAUGUACCUCAAGCAGCCAAUUUGCAUCUGCUUCUGCACAUAUCUGUGGCUGGCAACUUUAGCAUUGGUGAAUGCUGAGGUUCAGACUUUAAAUGGCACAGAAACACUUCGUGGCUUUGGGCCCAUAGAAAACACAGCUAUGACAUCACAGGCCAUUGAACUGGCAGCCCUAGGAAGACCUCUGUUUCCUGGUAUGCUGUAUGACUGCCGCAAGGAUUCCUUCAUUCCAGGUGUUACUCUGUGGGACAAGAAAUCAUUGAGUGAAGAUUUGGACAUCCGUCCGCAGCGCCAAACAGAUUUGAAGUUCAGUAGCUCUGACUCUCUCUCUAGUAAAUCCAAUUUACUGGAUGUAAGUGCUUCAUUGAAGGUCAGCUAUUUGGGGGGAUUGGUGGAGGUGGGAGGAUCUGCCAAGUACCUGCGUGACACCAAAUCCUCAAACCAGCAGGCCAGAGUAACAAUGCAUUACAGUGAAACCACAAGAUUCGAACAGCUCACAAUGACCCAGCUUGGCCAGAUCACUUACCCUCAGGUGUUUGACCAAAAAACUGCUACUCAUGUGGUUACAGCGGUACUGUAUGGAGCUCAGGCCUUCAUGGUGUUUGAUCAGAAGAUUUCAGAAGGUAAAUGCAAGGACGAAAUUGAGAGAGAACUGAAUGUCAUGGUCAAGAAGAUCCCUGGAUUUUCCAUUGAUGGAGAAGCAGCUUUACAAAUGACAGAUGCUGAAAAGAAAACAGCUGAGAAAAUUGCCUGCACAUUUCAUGGUGAUUUCUAUCUUCAGCAGAACCCCACCACAUACAUGGAGGCGCUGGAGUUGUACAAGAAGCUGCCCACUCUGCUGAGGGACAAUCCACAGAAUGUGGUUCCAAUCAAAGUCUGGCUCUAUCCUCUUCAUCUUUUGGAUUCAAAAGCAGCUCAGUUGAAGAGAGAUAUAUCCACAAGUGCACUUUCCAAAACUGUAGAAAUAAUGGAGAGGCUGGAUGAGGCAGAGAGGACAUGCAACGAUCUGUUCAGAGUUUCAUUGGUAAAUGUUUUCAGUGACAUCAAAGUGAAGCUGCGCUCAUUUCAAGGCUCAUUCAACAUUUACAAGGCACAGCUAGUGAAAGCAGUGGGCAGAGUCUUGCCUGCUAUUCGAGGAGGUAGUAUGACAGAAAACACAUUAAAUGACAUCCUGAAAAUUCACAGGAGCUCCCCUUUUAAUGCAGACAAGUUAGACCUGUGGUUAAAUGAUGCAAAUACUGAACUUCAUCUCUUGAGUUCUUCCAUCAAGACGUUGAAGGAGAUCACAAUUGUAGACUCAGACCAUAUCAACUCUAUCCUCAUUAAUCCUGAUAUUGAUGUUGUGGUAUGCUUGACCUUCACCUCUCUGCAAUACGAAGACCCUUAUCUUUCAGCCCUGGAGAAGUUUCUUGAAUCUGACACAUUUACAGAGCAAGAUAAGAAAAACACAGUUUCUGUACCAUUUGUCAGAAAGUGGUUCGAUGAUCCCGAUGUCAUCACAAAGAUGAAAGAGGACAUAUCUCGCUUCAGAAGUUUUUCAGAGGCCAAUAAAGAUGAAAAGAGAAUACACUUCAUUAUUUCUGCAAUCUCUGAUUCCUCCAGUCCAGGCUCCUCUAUCUUUUUGUAUGAAAAAGGGAAACUGACUGACACGAAAUUCCAGCUUGUUUCCAAGCCGCCUCCACCAAUACUGAAGGAUGUCAUCUCCCAAGGUGUGUCCCUGAAACUGCAGAAGUCCCCGACUGGUGAAACAGUGCAGUACAGAGUAGAGUACAAGGAGGUAACAGCAGGUUCUAGCGAGGAGGAACAGUGGCUUGCUGUAGACACAGCUGAUGAAGACUUUACUCUGACCGGAUUGUUGUUUGAAAAGCCUUACACAAUCCGGUACAGGAUAGUGGAUCAAGUGGGAGUGAGUGAAGCCAGUGAUGCUGUCAGCUGUAGACCUUCUCAUGAUCUACCUCAGAUUGUGGGUGGGGAUGGUGGUUUUGCAUCCAGCUUUGUGACUCCUUCCAUUAGCACCAUUAAGAAGAUCAGAAUUUACUAUCAAGAGAUCGCCGGGGAGAUUACCUGGUUCAAAUCAAUCCAGGUGACUUUCAGCGCCGGCCACAUAUUCACAAUUGGUGACUAUUUAAAAUGGAAAGUAAAAGAAUUUCUAUUUGACAAUGAUGAUAAAAUUGUCAAUGUGACAUUGUGGCCAAAUACGUAUAGCGACAGAUUCCGUGGGUUGGAAUUUGUGGUUGAAAAAAGCAACGGUACAAGAACAACAUUUUCCAUCAAGUGUAAAGAAGUGGGCGACCCUGUGAGUGUUGAUGUGAAGUCUGGAAAGUGUUAUGGCAUUACAGCGAGGUCCGGAAGUGAAAUUGAUUCUCUGGGCUUUUACUUUUUUUAGAUGACUUAAACUACAUAUACUGUAUAUUGUUAUUGACAGUAUCCAACUAUCAGAUAUUCUAAACAUGUACUAAAGUGAAUACAUGUAUCAGCUUCUAUGAAUAAAAUCACAAGGUUUCAAAA